AUGGAGAAGGCAGAUUUUCAGAGGUGGCUGGAGUCCGUCUCUGCCACUUUCCUUACACUGAACGACCAGCAGCGCAACCAAUCUUUGGACCACAUCAUAUCCCUUAGUGGUGCUGCCCAGCUUCGCCAUUUGUCUAAUGGCUUGGAAGCACUGCUGAAACGUGAUUUUCUGCGACUUCUGCCUCUGGAACUGGCUUUCUAUUUGCUGCGCUGGUUAGAUCCACAGACCUUACUCACUUGCUGCCUUGUCUGCAAGCAAUGGAACAAAGUGAUAAAUUCAUGCACAGAAGUGUGGCAGAAUGUUUGUCGGGAGCUGGGGUGGAAGAUUGAUGAGUCCAUUCAGGAUGCUUCCCAUUGGAAGGGUGUCUACAUUAAGGCUAAACUGCGUAUGGUGCAGCUGAAGGAUCAGAAGGCCUUUGAGACAUCCUCACUAAUUGGUCACAGUGCUCGCGUGUAUGCUCUGUAUUAUAAGGAUGGUCUUCUCUGCACAGGAUCUGAUGAUCUCUCUGCAAAGUUAUGGGAUGUUCGUACUGGGCAGUGCAUUUAUGGAAUUCAGACACACACCUGUGCCACAGUCAAGUUUGAUGAGCAGAAGCUUGUGACCGGAUCCUUUGACAAUACUAUUGCAUGCUGGGAGUGGAGCACAGGGAACAAAAUUCAGCAGUUCCGUGGCCACACAGGAGCAGUUUUCAGUGUGGACUACAAUGAUGAGAUGGACAUGCUGGUAAGCGGCUCUGCUGACUUCACUGUGAAGGUCUGGGCUUUGGCUGCCGGCGCCUGUCUCAACACGCUGACUGGACAUACUGAAUGGGUUACCAAGGUGAUACUACAGAAAAGUGAAGUGGAGUCUGUGGUUCACAGUCCUGGUGAUUACAUCCUCCUAAGUGCUGAUAAGUAUGAAAUUAAGGUCUGGCCUUUAGGAAAAGAAAUUAACUGUAAGUGCUUAAAGACACUGUCAGUGUCAGAAAACCGCAGCAUCAGCCUUCAACCUCGUUUGCAGUUUGACGGACGCCACAUUGUUUGCAGCUCUGACAUCGGAGUAUAUCAGUGGGACUUUGCCAGUUUUGAGAUUCUCAGGGUGAUAAAAGCGCAGGAUCCAUCCAACUUGUCCUUGUUGAGCUUUGGUGAAGUGUUUGCACUCCUUUUUGACAACCAUUUCCUCUACGUGAUGGAUCUCAGGACAGAGUCAAUUUCAGGCCGCUGGCCCUUACCACCAUACAGGAAAUCUAAACGUGGAUCCAGUUUCCUGGCUGGUGUGACAUCUUGGCUCAAUGGCUUGGAUGGGGACAACGACUCUGGACUUGUGUUCGCAACAAGCAUGCCUGACCACAGCAUUCAUUUAGUACUAUGGAAGGAAAACGGCUAA